AUGACUGUGUCCUACACUCUGCGGGUGGCCAACGCCCGCUUUGGGGGCUUCUCGGCACUCCUGUUCCGUUGGCGGGGGAGCAUUUACAAGUUGCUAUACAAGGAGCUGCUGGUGUUCCUGGGUCUCUAUGGGCUGCUCAGCCUCACUUACCGGAAUUUGCUGUCCCAGGAACAGAAGCGCAUCUAUGCGCAAGUGGCCCGAUACUGCAACCACUCCGCGGACCUCAUUCCCAUGUCCUUCGUUCUGGGUUUCUACGUGACUCUGGUGGUGAAUCGCUGGUGGGCCCAGUACACGAGUAUCCCGUUGCCAGACCGCCUCAUGUGUGUGGUCACGGCCACCGUCCACGGGGACGACGAGCGCGGCCGCACUCUGCGCCGGACUCUGUUGCGCUAUGCCAACCUGUCGUCCGUCCUGGUAUUACGAUCGGUCAGCACCCGAGUGCUCAGGCGCUUCCCCACCGUGGACCACGUAGUGGAAGCAGGCUUCAUGUCCCAGGAAGAACAGAAGAAGUUCGAGAGCUUGCACUCAGACUUCAACAAAUACUGGGUUCCUUGUGUCUGGUUCACCAACUUGGCUGCCCAGGCACGCAGAGAGGGCCGGAUCCGGGAUGACAUCGCCUUGGGGCUGCUCUUGGAUGAGCUGAACCAAUACCGAGGCAAGUGUAGCCUCCUCUUUCACUAUGACUGGAUCAGCAUCCCCCUGGUCUACACUCAGGUGGUGACCAUUGCUGUCUACUCCUUCUUUGCCUUCUGCCUCAUUGGACGUCAGUUCCUGGAGGACCCUAAGGCCCCCUCUCCUGGCCAAGAGGCUCCCCUGGGGGAUCUGGAUCUGUAUGUGCCACUCACCACCCUUCUACAAUUCUUCUUCUAUGCUGGCUGGCUUAAGGUGGCUGAACAAAUCAUCAACCCCUUUGGGGAGGAUGAUGAUGACUUUGAGACCAACCAGCUCAUUGAUCGAAACCUGCAGGUAUCACUACUGGCUGUGGAUGACAUGUAUGGAGACCUGCCACACCUGGGCCGGGAUCGCUAUUGGGGUGAGGCAGCGGCUCACCCCCCUUACACCGUGGCCGCAGUAGCUGACAGCCUGAAACCCACCUUCAUGGGUUCUACCUUUAACCUGCGUAUGUCGGAGGAGCCGGCGCAGUCCGAGACCGAGAUGGAGGAGGCUGGGGCUACCAGCCCGUCAUGGGCACGAACGCCGCGGCUCGGCCGCUUCCUGGGAGCCUCUGCCCCGUCUCCGGCCGUCAGCCUGCGGGCUCCACGCACCCCUCUGAUGUCGUCCCGCCCCCAGACCACCACGCCGGUCCCGGGACGUCUGCGCCUGGGCCGUCACCUGCCAGUGCCCACAGCCCGCAUAGAUGAGGAGGCCCCAGAAGCCCCGAGCCCAGACCUGGAUUCCCAGGAGGAGGAGGAGGAGGAGGAGGAGGACAAAGUCACUCCUAUGAGUGAAGCCACGCCCACGUCCCCUCCCCCUCCCCGGGGCCCUAGUCCACACCCAGGCCCAUCCUCAGAUUUGUCUUGA